CUCACGGUUGAUAUAAUUAACAUUAUUAUUUUAGUUUUACUAAGAACUUUCAAUUUAGUAAUUAUUCCUAUUCAAGGUUUUUCUUUUGCUUUUUUAUUUCAUUCGUAUAUGUUAUCUUUGUUUUCAUAUUCACCCGGCCUAAGACCUUUUUUGACAUAUAGCACGUGUGUCUUCUACCAAUGACAAUGCUUUUCAAACUUGACAUUGGCAUAAUUAUCGUAUAAACGAUACAGCCAAAUAAAAUAAAUUGGAUUGGAUUGGAACGUGGGUAAACUGUCAAAGCUGAAAUUGCAAUUGUGGAUUCCAUGUGGAUUUUCAUGUAUUAUUAAUUAAAAUGAAAGAAGGAAGCGAAGAAAAUAAGUCUCAAAAGGAUGUUAAAGUAACUCCUUCCAUAUUAGAUGCAUUUGAUUUGCUGAAAGCGGCAAAAGAUGAUUCAAAGCUUAAAGGAGGCGCGAAAAUAAUAUCGCAGUUACAGGGCAAUGAGAAUGAAAAAAAUACCCAAUAUGUGCUCAAACGGCUAGUAAGGAGUUUAGGUGCUAAUGUACCUGAAAUAAGAGCUGGAUAUUUUGCCACAUUAGUGACUGUACUAACUAAGUUUGAUCAGCUUACCACCAGUCAACUACUUGAAUUGACAAAGAAAGAGUUACAUGCUAAUGGAUCAUCAAAAAGUGAAGUUGGUGAUGUAGCCCUGGGGCAGAUAUUGAUAUGUGGUGCACUUUUUAGAUCAAACUUGAUCUUAAAAAGCACAACUGAGGAACAAGCUGAAAUUAUCAAAAUGCUAUUAACAGCCAGUAAAAAGAAAUCAUACCUCAGCACUGUUGCUUUCCUGAUUCUGCUUGAUUUUGCUGUAAAGUUGGAUGAAGAUCAAUUUUCGUCCAUAAUUUGGUCUAAAACAUCAAAAGAAGAGUUCAAGAAAGAUAUAAAAGAUCACAGUUUGGAUUCACUGUACUUCCUUAUGGUUGUAAGUGAUAAGUUUCCAGGAAAGGUUAAACUAAGGAAGUUGAUAGGUGAUGCUGAGAUUCUCGAUGAUAAUAUACACUCCAUCUGUGAGAAACUGCUGGCUGGAGUGGAAUAUAAUUCACUAAGCCAUCCCAUCUACAAAGAAGUUGGUACUAAGAUAGCAAAUUCUCCACAUCUUCAAGUAUUUUGGACGUCAGGGGUUGACAGUCAAUUGUUAAAACACAACAGAAAUAGAGAACUAGCAGCUGUUAACCUACUGACUUCAAUACUAAAUAACCUACAAGACAAUUUUGAAGUUCUACCUGAACUUAUCAGCAGAAACUUUUUCAAACUCUUCAUGGAUUGGUUCAAAGGCCUGCAAACAGCAAGUAAAAUUAGAAGCAAAAGGGAUAAUGAAGAUGACAACAAAAUAAUGAUAAAGAAGCAAAAAGAGCUACUCAAUGCCUUGACAAAAGCACUAAAAUCUGAAAAAGUUGAUAAUAAAACAAGAGUUGAAGUACUAAAAUUACUCUUUAAUCCAGGUGAAAUAAAUUUCUCAGAGAUCACUGGAUCCACUGUUGUAAAGUCAGUUGUUGCUGAUUUGGACAAAGAUGGUGUGAAGAAAAUAGCUAAACCUUUUAAAGGAGUCCUGUUAAACACUACAAAGAAAUUCAUUAAAGAUGGUGUUGAAAGAAAUUGGUACAAUAAUGAGAGAGUGAAAGCAGCUGAACUGCUAUCAUAUUUGGUGAGCCAUGAGGCAGUGAAGGAUGAUGUGGAAUUUAAAUUGACAUGCAUGAAAAUGUUGAUGUGCUUUUGGUUUCUUAAGAUAAGUGAUGAUGAGAGUGUUGCUGUUAGUGGAGAUAUGUCAGGUGCAAUCAAGUCAAGCUUCUACCGAUGCUUCACAUCUCGCUUUUCGAAUGUUGAUCACCUUGUGACUGUUUUGUCGUCGCUCAGCAAUUUUAUAUGCACAAUACUUGAGAAAGAACAAGUCAGAGCCAAGCUUGAAAAACAAUUCCCUGAAGAAAACAUGGUUUGCUGGCAAAUGCUAAUGGAAGUAUGUCAAAAAAUUGAGAAGAAUGAACCAAAAUCAAAAAUUGACAAGGUUUUCUUGAUAUUGUUGUAUCAACUGGGACUAUUUUUAUUCUCUGAACCUACCCAUGUGAAGAUAGCUAGAAGUUCUAUCAAGGAACUCAAAAGCUGUUAUGAACACUACAAGAAGGGAAUGAAAAAAAAACAAACACCAACAAAAGAAGGAGAUUUGGCAGUUGAACCAGAAUGGAUUGAAGUAUUAGUGGAAGUCUUGCUAUCAAUCUUAUCAGUUGAGUCAAGUGUGCUCAGAUCUGUGGUACAAUGUGUGUUUAGACUUCUAUGGGAAUACUUAACACCUUCCUCUAUGGGUCAAAUAGUCUCUGUGUUGGACCCGGAAAAUGAAUCAAACCCAUUGACACAGGAUAGUGAAUCAGAAGGUGAAGAAUCUGGUGACGAAAGCAUAAAAGAUGAAAACGAAGACCAAAACGACGACGAUAAGAGUGAUGAAGCAAGUGACAGUAAUAUUGAAGACGAGGAUGAUGAUGAGGAAAUGAAGACACCUGACCAACUGAGACUAGCGGUGCAAAAAGCUUUAGGCGCCGCCGCAACUUCCGACACAGAGAGUGUUGACGCAGACAUGAUUGACGAAGAAGAAGGCAAAAAACUUGAUGAGGCAUUAGCGGAAGCUUUCCGACAAUUUCAGCAAGGCAAAGGUAAAAAAACGAAAAAAGACCGUAAAGACAAAAAGUCGUUGUCGGAUUUUAGGAUUCGUGUCCUUGAUUUAAUUGAUAUUUAUUUAGAAAAAGAUCCGUCAAUGGAUAUUUGCUUAGGACUGAUGACGCCUCUCACGAGAUGCUUGGAAUUUUGCAUCCAGGACAGCCAAUUCAGUGAAUUGGAGAAUAGACUGCGGAAAACCAUAAAAAAUCUGACCAAAAUCAAAAAGUUUUCGACUACUGAUGACGUCACAAUGGAGAUUUUGUGUGAUUAUUUGAAAUCAACAAUAGAUAAAGGAGAAAGGUCACAUUUCUUGUAUCAGGCUCUAGGCGACAUUAUCACGUAUUUUGCUAUAUUUAUAAUACACUGCUCGCAAAAAAUUACUGCACUCAAAUCUAAAAAGAAUAAGUCGUCACCACUGGUGAAUAUAUUCAAAGACGCUCUUCAAAGCUACUAAAACAGAAGUUGCAUGCUGCCUAUCAUUUUCUUCCAUAAUGUUUUGCAGACAGAAUGGGAAGGGACUUAUGAACUAAUUCCUGUUAUAACAGAAAAUAUAUUUGAUAACGAAGUAAGGCAGUUUCGUCGUAAUGAAGGUAUAGAGUUAAUGGCCGGAUUCUACCGUUCUUUAAAGAGAAUUAAGCAUAAAUCUGAAAAUGCUUUAAGCAGACUGUCUAACUUGGAAGCACAGUUUGAGAAAACUUUAACUGAUACAUUGUCUGGUGAGAAAGAGGUUGCAGUAAAGAAUAAUUUCUUCAAUUUGUUGAAAAAACUUAUAAAUGCAAUUAAAAUAUUUCAUGAAAGUUCUGACGUAAAGACGGAUUUAAGUUUUGAUUCAUUAUUGAGUAUUGUAGGAUCAUGUAAAGGAACGGUUAAAGUAAGUAAUAAUAACCAUGUCCAGGCACCACCGGCAAAUAAGAAAAAAGAAUAAAAAGAAAAAGAAAAAAUUGAACAAAUUAAUGGACACGCGGAACCACAACAAAAAACUAAGAAAAAUAUCAGAGCAGAGUGUUUAAAAUAUUGCUAUUUUGUCGAAUUUUUUGUAAUAAAAUCUUACACACCUAAAAA